ACGUUUUGUCGUUUGGCGUCAAAAAUAUUAAAAUUAAGUUAGAAACAGUGAUCAAACAAGUGAAAAUGCAUUCGCUGGACAAUUGCGAGGUCUUUGCCCAGAUGGGCGAUACUCUUAAGCGUUUUGACAGCGAGUCUAAGAAGCUUAACACCUUCUUAUAUUUAAGCGGCGAUGACGAGCACAUUGCAAAGAUCUGCAAUCUGGUGUGCAAAGUGCUAAUGGAGCAUGAUCUCGUGGUGCAACGGCCACAUGACAAAAUGAAAAACGAGGUGGUCACCGAGCCGACUGGAGCUGACGCCAUGAACUAUUUGCGCGGGGUCCUAGCCGUGCUAAUAAUAAACACCACUGACUGUUUGAAACAGAAGAGUUAUAAUCCGGAUUGCGUCCAUUUGGUUGGCCAGGUACCUCCCAUGUCGACAGUCGUGGCCAUUUCCAUUGCCCUGAAAUGUGGUCUGCAACAGCCGCUGAAAGAGUUUCUGGCGUACGGACAGAGCUGUGUUGCCCGCCAGUACUACGAUUAUCUAAAUGAAAACGUGUCCAAGUUGGUCUCCAACCAAUUUGAUGCCCUGUCGUUGCUCACGGGAUUCCUCACAUCCGCUCGGCAGGCCAUUGCCCACUAUAACCAAACAAGUGCCAACGAACUCGUGGACCAGACGGCUCGUCUCCUUCAACGCCAACUGCUAGACAGUUCCGAUCGAUUGCGCGUGCUGUCUCCAUCUCCUCGCAAGCGCUACCUGGCCCUGGCAAUGAAUCAGCUACUCGAUGUGCUGCUCGCGGCCCUCCAGCAGCCCGCUGAAAAGCCACAAUAUUGGACUAUCUACAAUUUCAUGAUUUGCGAUGAAACAGACUCCAUAAAGCAGGAGAACACAGAGUCUUUGAUGGACCGGUAUUCCUCGAUUCUGAUGGACGCCUUGCAGCGUGUCCUGCAGCUGGUGACCGUGGACACAUUCAUGACCUGGCUAGAGCUUCCCUCUAGCCAGUUGCUCUACAGCUACCAAGAGGUCAUAUGCUGCCAGUCAGCAGCAGUGUUGAACCUUAUUAGGAACAAGCCAGAACUUGCCCAGCACUUGAUUUGCGGACAACUGAAAACCUUCGCCGGAGCGGCCAAGUCGUUUAAGGAGCGCCUGACAGAACUAAGUUUGCGCGAACUAUUACGCUUCCUUGACGGCGAUAAUGGCGAAAUAACCGAGGCGCAGACACUGGCUGGACUUGAAGAACUCUUUCAACGUCCCAUUUGCUUUGUUAGCGACGAGUGCGUGGACACCAUGUCCAAGCAUGUGCAAUUCCUGGGAUUCGAACACAUCACCCUGAUCUUCAACCAUAUGGCCGAAUAUCUGGCCGAGGAGGCUGAGGAUACCAGCCUGAGUCUUGAAGAGAAAAAACAACAGAGAAGCCAAUACAAUCCCGUGUUGCGUCAGGUUGUGCAGCUGAUCUUUAUCCGAUCCGACGUGGAUGUUAAGCAAAAGAUACUGGAGCUACGCGAUGAGCUUGGGCUCACGACUGCAUUCACUUUUUCCAAUCGGGCCUCUAACUCACGCCGUGUUCUAUUCUUUAAUCGGCUCGAUGGCCAGCCUGAGCGUGCGCACCUUUUAGAGUUUUUGUAUAUAUGCUACGAGGACGCGCAGAUGUCCUGGCAGACACUGGCUGACCUGGGUAUGACGCACUCACGUUUCAUGGACAUAUUCUGGAACCUCGCCUGCCAGCUCACCCCCCACGCCAUUCACUACAUGAAGAGCACCGCCGACAGCCUGUUCAAAGACGAAUACGUGCUAACGCGCCCGAAUUCGUUUGACUUCCUGCUAUCCCUGUACGCAUAUCCCUUGAUACUCAACGGCAUGAAGACUGGCUUGCACACCCCUUCCAGUCGUAGUUUCCGUGAACGGGUCAACAAUAAUUUGUGCAACUACAACCUGAACCUUCAGCCGGGCGCCAGGCCCUACAGUGUCGAGCAGCUGAAGGCAGCCCAGUCCGCAUACCUGGAGGCCCUUGCCACUGGACUGGCCAAGUUCACCGAAUUGAACCACACUCAUCUCAUCGAGCGCAUCCUACAUACCCUUCUAAAUGUCGAAUCGGCAGAUAAAUACAUUCAAACGAACGGCAAGGAGCAAAUUGAUCAAAUGAUAGAGGACAACGCAUCGGCAGACUGCUUGAAAGAGGCCAAAACCUAUGUCGAAAUGCAUGUCCAUCUUAUCCAAUGGCGCAAGAACAGUUGGCCAGUGCUGUCCCAGCUAAUGAAGACCAUAGAUGCUCUGCGCUGGACUAUACCGACCUUCGACCAAAUCCGCGUCGAUGUCCUCAACCUGGCUGUAAAAUACUAUACAAAUAAUUCGCCGACCAUCCUGAGCGGAGACUCUGAACUCAUCCAGAAAAUGCAGGCCUUGGUAGACACUUCAGCGCAGAGCGAACGCUGGAAGAUGACAAAUAUCUUGUCGACAGAUCGCGAUUUCGCAGAUAAAUGCAUGGGGCUCAUAAUGCAGUCGAGCGCCAUAGAGGCGACUAACCUCUUUUUCAAGUCCAUUGAAAACAAAACCGAUGUCACCCUCAUGGCGGAGAUCUCGAGGCAAAUCGACUUGUGUGAUGCUCCGCAGGCUAAAGCUGCCUAUAGAUUCUUCUUCCGCAACUACAUGUAUGGUUUCAUGAGAUACAUGGAAAAGGCGACGCUCCCGAAGUGUGAUCGCCUUGCCGACCAUGUACGGGGUAUUGUUGCCCUGGCCCCGAAAAAAUGCCGCUUUGAUCAUGAGGCGAUAACCGCACGGAUGAUCCUAAACAUGCUUGUAGCUAAAAACUUACAGGGGUUGGAUCGUAUAUAAUGUGUUUAACCCAUUUUGUAGUGGAGUAUUGGGGAGAGAAAGAAAGUACAGGGCUGCUAUUUUGAUUAAGCUUUAAGUUACGAUUUGAAAUCGCCAAAGUUAAGUUAAUUAUUAUUAUUUUUUCACUAAUCUUUAAUGCAUUCGACAUACACACUUUAAUUUUUGUUUGUUCCAACAAUAUUCUCAUAUACUCAAGAUAAACUGGAUUUGGCAAAGGAAAUGCUAAGUAUUAAACAAAUUAUCAAAUAAUUUCCAAAA